UUAAAUGUAUUGUGUGCAGAAAAUGUUUUGCACGCAAAAGAUUCUUAAAAAACCACAUGUUUAUUCAUACUGGUGAGAAACCUUUAAAAUGUGAUAUGUGCACAAAAUGUUUUGCAAAAAGUUCCACUUUGAAAACUCACAAAAUGCUUCAUACUGGUGAGAAACCUUUCAAAUGUGAUAUGUGCACAAAAUGUUUUAGAGAAAGUUCCAGUUUGAAAACUCACAAAAUUGUUCAUACCGGUGAGAAACCUUUCAUUUGUGGAGUGUGUGCAAAAUGUUUUACAAGCAAAAGUGUCUUAAAACGCCAUAUAUUGAUUCAUACUGGUGAGAAACCUUUCAAAUGUGAGAUGUGCACAAAAUGUUUUACACGAAGUUCCAGUUUGAAAACUCACAAAAUGCUUCAUACUGGUGAGAAACCUUUUAUAUGUAUUGUGUGCAGAAAAUGUUUUUCACGAAAAAGAACCUUAAAAAGCCACAUGUUUAUUCAUACUGGUGAGAAACCUUUCAAAUGUGAUAUGUGCACAAAAUAUUUUACACAAAGUUCCAGUUUGAAAACUCACAAAAUGCUUCAUACUGGUGAGAAACCUUUUAAAUGUAUUGUGUGCAGAAAAUGUUUUGCAAGCAAAGGAACCUUAAAAAACCACAUGUUUAUUCAUACUAGUGAGAAACCUUUCAAAUGUGAUAUGUGCACAAAAUGUUUUACAGAAAGUUCCAGUUUGAAAACUCACAAAAUGCUUCAUACUGGUGAGAAACCUUUCAAAUGUGAUAUGUGCACAAAAUGUUUUACAAAAAGUUUCAAUUUGAAAACUCACAAAAUGCUUCAUACUGGUGAGAAACCUUUCAAAUGUGAUAUGUGCACAAAAUGUUUUACAAAAAGUUCCUGUUUGAAAACUCACAAAAUUGUUCAUACUGGUGAGAAACCUUUCAAAUGUGAUAUGUGCACAAAAUGUUUUACAGAAAGUUCCUGUUUGAAAAAACACAAAAUGCUUCAUACUGGUGAGAAACCUUUCAAAUGUGAUAUGUGCACAAAAUGUUUUACACAAAGUUCCAGUUUGAAAACUCACAAAAUGCUUCAUACUGGUGAGAAACCUUUCAAAUGUGAUAUGUGCACAAAAUGUUUUAGACUAAGUUCCCGUUUGAAAACUCACAAAAUUGUUCAUACUGGUGAGAAACCUUUUCAAUGUUAUAUGUGCACAAAAUGUUUUAAAGAAAGUUCCAGUUUGAAAGCUCACUUAAUUCGUCAUAGCGGUAAAACGCCAUUCAAAUGUGAUAUGUGCCCAAAAUGUUUUUUACACCGUUCCAGUUUGAAAUAUCACAAAUUGCUUCAUACUGGUGAGAAACCUUUCAUUUGUGGAGUGUGUGCAAAAUGUUUUACAAACAAAAAAGUCAUAAAACGCCAUAUAUUGAUUCAUACUGGUGAGAAACCAUUCAAAUGUGAAAUUCCUCAAAAUGUUUUACAUAGAAUUCCACCUUGAGACUACAUAACAUGCUUCUUUGUGGUGAGAAACCUUUCAAAUGAGAUUUGUGCACAAAAUGUUUUACACAGAGUGCCCAAUUAAAAGACCGUAAAAUGUUUAAUUAUGGUUAGAAACCUUUCAAAUAAAAUAUCUACUCACAA